AUGGUAUCGGGUCAUUUAACACGACUAAACAACUCUAGAGGUUCAAAUUUACAUUUGGUGCUUGUACAGAGGUUUUCACAAUGGUCGAUCGAAUUACGAUCCUACCCUUUGGAUACAGCGACUCCUGUUCCAGAAGACGAGGUAAUUACAAUGGAUGGCUAUCCAGAGUCUCGACUAGUUGUUGCGGUUAAUGGAACAAUCCCAGGUCCGGCAAUCGAAGCUUACAUUGGCCAGACUGUGAUUGUCUACGUUGAAAAUCACCUAUACGCUAGUGACGUUACAAUUCAUUGGCAUGGACUGCACCAAAAAGGCACACCCUUCAUGGACGGGGUUCCCUACGUAACCCAAUGUCCUAUAGCCGAUAAUCCCGAUGUCGACUGUCGUGGUGAUCUGAACAAGAAUUAUUGUAAUGAUGCCGCCUGGACCAAUAGCAACUGGGGUGGUGACAACAUUCCCGGGAUUAAAUUAAAAAGAGCCCCACUGAAGGACACUCUCAUUAUACCUUCGGGUGGCUACGCUGUUAUUCGGAUCAAGGCCGAUAACCCAGGUCUGUGGUUUAUGCAUUGUCACAUUGAAAUGCAUAGUAUGGACGGAAUGGCAUUGAUCCUAAAUGAAUCUUUCGCUGAUGUGCCGAAAUCACCAGAUUAUCUUCCUGUGUGCCGAAGUUUCACACCUGCAGCAAUUAGUCGGAUACCAAAUGUUGCAGAAACCGGUAUAUCAUUAGAGACUACAACACCAUUAAUGAAUGGAAAAGCAAACCCUAAAAAAGAUCGAGAAAUUGAAAUAAUGACCUUUGGUAUUCUUAUUGCCGUUAUCUGCGUCCUGUCUUUGAUCAUUAUUGUUUUAAUUGUCGUGGUGAUAAAGAGAAGCGCUCAUCAAAAUAUUAAAGCAAUUAAUGGUGCAACAAAUAAUGGUUUUGUGAAGUAA